AUGGCUGCAGAAGCCAAACCUCAAAUCCUCUACUUCGCUCUCUUCCUCCACCUCCUCUCCUUCCACGUGGCAUCCGGCGCCGGAGGAACAUGGGAGCUUCUCUUAAACAACGUCGGAAUCUCAGCAAUGCACUCACAACUCCUCAAUAACGACCGUGUCAUAAUGUACGACCGUUCCAACUUCGGUCCUUCAAAAAUCUCUCUCCCUAAUGGAGCAUGCCGCGACAGCCCAAACGACGUCGUUUCCAAACAUGACUGCACCGCGCAUUCGAUAGAAUACGACGUCGCUUUAAACCGUAUACGUCCUUUAACCAUCCUAUCCAACACAUGGUGCUCCUCAGGAGGCGUCACUCCUGAGGGAGCUCUCCUCCAAACAGGAGGAGACAAAGAAGGAGAACGUAAAGCUAGAAUGUUCUAUCCUUGCGACGAUGGUGAUGAUUUUUGUGAUUGGACAGAAGUUGAUAACGCACUUAAUGUUAGAAGAUGGUACGCUACGAACCAUGUACUUCCUGAUGGUCGUCAGAUAAUAGUAGGUGGUCGAAACCAGUUCAACUACGAGUUCUUCCCCAAGACAAAAGCUCCAAGUCUAUACAACUUACCGUUCUUGUCCGAAACACACGAUGUUGGACAAGAAAACAAUCUCUACCCUUUUGUUUUUCUCAACAGCGAUGGAAACUUAUUCAUUUUCGCUAACAACAAAGCCAUUUUGCUAGACUAUGAUAAGAAUAUUGUUGUGAAAACAUAUCCGAAGAUCCCUGGAGGAGAUCCUAGAAGCUAUCCGAGCACUGGUUCAGCUGUUCUUCUCCCUAUCAAGAAUCUUGAAGAAGAAGUCAUCGAGCUUGAGGUUCUUGUGUGCGGCGGUGCACCGAAAGGAUCGUACCUCUUAGCUUUAUAUAAAGACACAUUUGUCAAGGCUCUUGACACGUGUGCAAGAAUCAGGAUCAAUGAUGAUGAUCCCAAAUGGGUUCUUGAGAAGAUGCCUAGGUCGAGAGUAAUGGGAGAUAUGAUUCUUUUACCUAACGGACAUGUUCUGUUAAUUAACGGUGGUUCAUCAGGCUCAGCUGGUUGGGAGCUAGGUCGUGAACCGGUUUUAAACCCUGAUGUUUAUCAUCCUGAUAAACCGAUCGGUUCAAGAUUUCAGGUACAAAACCCUAGUACUAUACCAAGAAUGUACCAUUCAACCGCAAGUUUACUUCGUGACGGGAGAGUUCUCGUUGGAGGAAGCAACCCACAUCAGUUUUAUAAUUUCACCGACGUGAUUUUCCCGACGGAGCUGAGGUUAGAAGCUUUCUCUCCGUCGUAUUUAGAGUCUCAAUACUGGAGUAUACGUCCGAGGAUUAUGAUGAGUCCAUCAUCACAGUCUACGGUUAACUACGGUGGAGUCUUGAGCCUGAGGUUUAUGGUAUUUGGUAUAGGAGGAGUGCAAAGUCCGGUUAAGGUGACGAUGGUGUUUCCUUCUUUUACUUCUCAUUCCUUCUCGAUGAGUCAGAGGCUUUUGGUUCUUGAUCAUGUUGAGUUAAUGAGGAUAGGAGUUUGGAGUUAUGAGGUUAGGGUUAAUGCACCAAAGUCUAAGAACCUUGCACCACCUGGUUAUUACAUGGCUUUUGUUGUGAACCAAGAUAUACCUAGUGAAGGUGUUUGGGUAAGGUUGCAGUGAAAUGUGAUUGUCAAUGUUAUAUAGUUUGUUCUACGUGUGGUAAUUUUUUAUUUUUUUAAAAAGUCUGUUGAAUAUCUUUUUUAUUUGAGUGAUCAAAAUUUAUUCACGGAGUUGUAU